UUCCGUCGUCAGUACGCACAGCACUAGUUGUUGCUCCGUCCGGGCUUCCAUACUUCUCGUUCUCGCUCUCUCAGUCGGUCCUGCAGCGAAGAUGGCGGAAGCUCCCCCGCGGCCCUGCCGGUUCUUCUGUCACCGGUGCUCGGAAGAGAUCAGCCCUCGGCUCCCGGAUUACAUCUGUCCGCGGUGUGAGUCCGGCUUCAUCGAGGAGUUGCCUGGAGAGGGAAGUGCAGAGAAUGGGUCCACAUCUACAGCCUCUAAUGAUCAGAACCGGCCCUCGUUUGAGAAUGUGGACCAGCACUUGUUUACGUUCCCGCAUGGUUACGGGCAGUUUGCUCUGGGGGUCUUCGAUGAGGGCUUCGACUUCAGGGCGGGUUUGUCAGCAGAAGAUAACCGUGAUGCAGAGAACCGCAGAGAGCGGGAGAUGGCCUCACGACAGCGCUACGGGGCCCGACAGCCACGGGGACGACACGUGCCCCGGAGACAAGGAGCGCGGCAUGAGGGUGUACCCACUUUAGAAGGAAUCAUUCAGCAGUUAGUUAAUGGAAUUAUUGCUCCGACAGCUAUGCCAAACAUGGCGAUGGGGCCAUGGGGCAUGCUGCACUCAAACCCAAUGGACUAUGCAUGGGGUGCCAAUGGAUUAGAUGCCAUCAUAACACAGUUAUUAAAUCAGUUUGAAAAUACGGGUCCCCCUCCGGCAGACAAAGAGAAGAUUAAGAAUCUCCCUACAGUCCAGAUAACGCAGGAGCACGUGGGUGCUGGUCUAGAGUGUCCUGUCUGUAAAGAAGACUACAGCGCAGGAGAGAACGUUAGACAACUUCCUUGCAAUCAUCUCUUUCAUAACGACUGUAUAGUUCCCUGGCUCGAGCAGCAUGACACGUGUCCGGUGUGCAGGAAGAGUUUGAGCGGGCAGAACACAGCCACAGAUCCGCCCGGCCUGUCAGGGAUGAAUUUCACCCCCUCUUCCUCCUCCUCUUCCUCCUCCAGCUCUCCAAGCAACGAGAAUUCCACCAAUAACUCGUAAGAGCUCAGCCCGCAUCCUGAACACAUCAACACAUCAUCAUCAUCAUCUCAGCGUUUCCCUCCACCGGUGACGGAUCUACGACACGGUGGAACCAGGGCUGAACGCAAACCUCUGAACCCGUCCAUCACUACUAACACACCUUUACCUGCCCUGAAGCAGGUCCAGACAGGUCAGAGAGCACGCCAAACCCCCAAGAGAAAAACACACUCUUCCACUGCUUCAGACAGCGUUUCCUUGCUUUUUUUAAACUGUUGAACUUCAGAGCGGUCAUGCCUCAAGGUUUGGCCAGCACCUGUCCACGUGACGUGGUUUUAAUCAGCAGAAAGCGUGAGAGAAAUGCUGAGGAGAAGAGAGUGAAGAAGGAAAAGAGGAAGAGGAUGUUCUGCAGCGAUGACGGAGCUAGAUCUGAAGAGUCGAACUGCAUUUUAGAAGCAGACUUUGUGUCUCUCGAGAGGGACAUGUGUGUUCAAAUACAACCUUUUUUUAUCAUUUGAU